UUUUUUUUGCAUAUCAUUCACAAAGGGUUAUAAUUAAGCAUUUAAUUACAAGAUAAGAUUUCCAGAUAAAAAUUUGUUCUGUACAUGAAGAUGAGACGCCUUGCGUCGCUGCCACCUUACUUCCUACCAGUGCUACUCGCCGCUACGCUGGUCACCGCAGCGUUCGCUGACGCUGCUCGAGAAGAUUCAUCGGGGAGUUCAGUAUUGUCGCCCCGCACGGUAUCGCCGGACGACGCGCGCCUCAUCGCGGCCAUCAGCACGUGGACGCAGCUGAGUUUCGUCACGUCCAUCACGACGGUGCCUCUGACGUGCAACAGAGCUGUUCAGGGUACCGUGGCGUGCAAGAAAAGACGCAGAUAUGGAGGCAGGAAAUUCAGCCUCAUUCCUAAUUUCAAUGACGAAAGCUCCGUGCCGGCAGUGGACGGUUCAAUCAACGAGGGCUCUUCAGUCGCAAGACCGGACUACUUAGUAACUGAUUUAGACGGCAAAAAUGACGAAGAAAGAUCAGGGCGACUCGCCCUGACUGUAUGGCGAUCAUUCACCUCCACCUACACGAUGAUCAUGACCUCCACCAACAAUGCAGUGACUUUCUCCGUGUCUAUCGCGUGCACGAUCCAAGGGGCGAGCUUCCCUGCUCCAUGCUAGUGAUCUCCAGAUUAACAUAUUAACUCUUUUGGCUGGCUUCGGCAAUGGUCUUUAUUUCAUGUACCAAGAAUAUAUGUUUUUUUACAAACUUGCAUCUUCAACUCUGCUAUCUGUCUCAACUGUCAUUUGUUUUUCAUAAAUUUGAAAAGUUUACAUUUCUUGGCUCAUCGCGACAAAAUUCGCAUGUUCACUUAUACAAUAGCUAUGAGUUAUUCCUGUUAUACGAUUUAUCGGGAAUUUUUUAUUCCGCCUGAAUGACCUUAUCCAUACGCUGCCAAACUUGUUUUAGAAUAAUUUUUCAUCAAGAUGUAUUCAUUGUUUUGUAGGUUAGUCGAUAAGGGUCAAAAUACACUAUUUCAGUAUAACGGC